AGCACAGAUUUGUUUAAUAACAAAUUUGAAUUUCUAUGCUGUACGCAUAAGGCAUGUCCAAGUGUGUAUAUAGAAAAGAGGAUAUUAGCAGGGCGAAGACGAUGGAAGCGAAAAGCGAGCAGUUCUCGCUGCGGUGGGACAACUUCCACAGCAACCUGUCGACGAGCUUCCACUCGCUGCUGCAAGGGGAGGAGCUGGUGGACGUGACGCUCGCGGCCGACGGUCGCUUCAUCCAGGCCCACAAGCUGGUGCUGUCGGUGUGCAGCCCGUACUUCAAGAGCCUGUUCAAGGCGAACCCGUGCCAGCACCCCAUCGUCAUCCUCAAGGACGUGGGCCACAAGGAGCUGGUGGAUGUGCUGCAGUUCAUGUACCGCGGCGAGGUGAGCGUCGGCCAGGAAGACCUCGCCGAGUUCCUCAAGACCGCAGAGCUGCUGCAGGUCAAGGGACUGGCGGGGGACGACGCGGACGCGCCCGAGGGCUCCAAGGAACAGAAAACUGCAAUAAAAGAUGCUCCAUCUGAACUGCCACCAAUCUCACAGAGAAGCAAGAUCAAGACACCACUUAGGUCUCCUGCAAACGUGGUUGCUUCACCUCUGUCGUCAGCUCCCAAGACACCGAUCAAGACUGAAACUGCUCCCAACCAAGAAUUUGCACAGCAGCCACCCCAGAAGCGAAGGUGUCAUGAACAACCCCAGUACAGUCCCCAGGGACACUCGCCUCCCCUUCCCCAAGCGACCUUGCCGCAGAUGUGUAUGACCACUUGCAAAUCAGUGUCUAGUGUCAGUGACUCGAGCAGAGAAGUGGAAUUUGUUUCACUGCCAAACCCCAAGGAAGAGCCCGUUGAAAUAGACUCUGACAUUGAGGAAGUGGAUACCACUUUUGACAAUGGCACUGACUUAUCAGAAUUCCUCGAAGGACAAAGCAGUCAGUUAUUUCAAAACUUUCAAGAAAUGGGUCUUCCUGAUGGGCAGUGUGGUCCUUCACAGGACAUCGGCAUUCUGCAAGAAGGCGAGCAAGGUGGUCUGCAGAUAUUGCGCAGUAGACAAGGCAAACCACUGUUGGUCCACCACGACUAUCUGUUCUGCGUCCACGUCAUCACAGGCAGCACAGUCCAGUGGCGUUGUCUACAAUACAGAAUUUGCCGUGCUCGCAUCCACACUCACGGUGACAGUUUGACCGUCAGGUGCGGGGAACACACGCACGCUCCACACACAAAGAAGAUACUGCAGCGAGGAGGAUUUGUUGAGUACUGUGACUUGAGUGGAGAUAUAUAAGACACAGGUGGUUCGCGGGUGGUACGCCGCUACAGGAGAAGGCCACGGGUGGUCCACGGUGGCUAGCAGUUCGUCUUGCAGAGUCACAGGAGCAACAGUAUGCAUUGGGAAUGCGUGCGCAGAACUUGCCAGGCCUGCAUUCCCACCCGCGGCAACAAGCUGCUUGUCAGGUGCAGCGAACACUUGCACAACCCACCUAGCUACAACAUUAAGAAGUCGAGCAGCUAACUCAGUUGACAUUUACGAACUGUUUAUUAAAAACAACUGCAGCAAAUUCUAUGUUAAGAUGUUACUCAAAGUACUUAGAAUUUUAGACUUAAGCAAUGGGGAAAGUUGAUUAAAAGGGUAAAAUUGUAAAUAUUUAUAGGGCAGUUUUAAAUUUUUUAAAUUUAUUAUUGGAUUUUCUUAAAAUGAGUAUACAGUACAUGUGUGAAGUGGGUGUCUGUUGAUUUCUUAGUACAAUUGGUACUAGUAUUCACUUUAAAUUGUUUUGUUUGUAAAAAGGAUUAAAAAAAACCUUUUGUAAACUAGCUUGUGAAAUUUCUUCCAAAAAUAAAGUACUAGCAAAUUAA